UCUGCUCCUCUCAACCUCUCGCCUUCUCAUCGCCUCGUCUCUCUCUCUCUCUCUCUCUCUCUCUCUCUCUCUGUGUCCUGCAGAAGACGACAUCCUCACAUGCAGCAUGGCUUUUGCUUUAAGAAGAUCAGGAUCAGAGCCUCAGCUUAAAGGAAUCGUCACUAAACUGUGCAGCCGUCAGGGUUUUCACCUGCAGCUCCAAGCGGAUGGAACCAUCGACGGCACUAAAGAGGAGGACAGCAGUUAUGCUGUGUUUAAUCUCAUCCCAGUGGGUCUGCGUGUGGUGGCGAUCCAGAGCGUUCAGACCAAGCUCUACCUGGCCAUGAACAACGAGGGCUACCUGUACACCUCCGAACACUUCACUCCAGAGUGCAAGUUUAAGGAGUCUGUGUUUGAGAAUUAUUACGUGACCUACUCGUCCAUGCUGUACCGGCAGCAGCAGUCGGGUCGAGCCUGGUACCUCGGCCUCAAUAAGGAGGGGCGAGUGAUGAAGGGGAACCGUGUUAAAAAGACCAAACCGGCUGCUCACUUCAUCCCCAAACCUCUCAAAGUUGCCAUGUACAGAGAACCUUCUCUUCAUGAUAUGACUGAAUUCUCGCGAAGCGGAUCUCCGACGAAGAGCCGCAGUGCGUCGGCCAUGCUGAACGGGGGGAAGAUCGCAAGCCAGUCAACAUAACAAGGGGACGUAACAAGGGGCCCUAGCAAGGAGCCAUGACAGCUCUGCACAAAAAACAUACACGUUUACAAGUUUUUGGCUAACAAUCACUGUGAUGACGUCAAAACCGGACGAAUCCAAGCCAUUGGACUUCAUCAUCGUUCUGCAUCAUCUUUAAACCGUAGCCUGAACAAACUGCUGCUUUUCUCAUCCCUUUUUCUUCUAAACUGUGUUUCUGGACAAAAUCCACUUUACCCGCUUAGAAACCUGUGAAAGUAGCUGCUGAUCUCAAACACGGCGCACUGAGACGGCGAGCGUGUCGGGGUGUCUGGCCUUCUGUAGCACAUUGUCACUGUUAAACACACUGAUGGAGUUCCGGCUCCUGUCCGAGAGUCUCGCUCACAAGGAAUUACAGUUUUGUGCAACCAAAGACAUUGUGUGUCUUCAAUCACGUAGGAGAGCGACUGAGUAUCAAACAGGAAUCUGAGAUGUUUUGUCAACGCGCCCUCAUCCACUUCCUCUUACAUACCUGUGUGUAUGUUGUGGGGAUUGCAUCAUAUUGUACCUUAUCAUGAAUACACUCGAGCGCAACAGUGAAAUUCACACAUGCAUACACACACACACACACACAAACUCACACACACACAAACACACACACUCUCUCUCUCUCCUGGUGAAAUUACUGCCUGCUGUGUAAAGGUUUUAGCACAGUAAAGAAACUCAGAAAUGUAAAAUGUUUACACUUUUAACACAGCUCCGUCUACCAUUUUGGGAAGGAAACUGCCUCAUAUUGGAAACAGCAAUGCCUUCUGGGUAAUUUCUGCUCCUGAACUCCACACUGAUGAUGACUCGAUCUCUUCAUCCUCCACUCAUCUGGUCAGUAUUGAAGUGAAGCCCGUGAAGAUGGCGUGUCAGGGGACUACGGUGUGAGGAAGAGGAAGCGUUUCAGCAGGACGUCUUAAUCUCUACUCGGAUUUCAUGUCUUCCUUUACUUCCUGCUUUCAGUUGUUUCCAUGGUGAAUGAAUGUCAGAUGCAUCUUGGGAUCAGUUUAUAAGUUAAAGUGAGUUAUAAAAAAAUUUAUCGCUUUUACAGGGCUAAAUUAAUUCUUUAUUUACGAUUUAUGUAUGUUGCUAUUAAGUUCCGAGAGCUUUCGUGUUGCAUGGGACACACUGUGGGGGAAAGCUGCAUGUUUUAUAGCUGUGUGUGUGUGUGUGUGUGUGUGUGCGCGUGUCAUAUAUUAAACUGAUGGCGGAAUAAUGGAACAUGUCUCUAAUCUGCUGAGUGAGUGGUUUGUGUGAACGUAGCGUACGUUUACAUGUCAGUGAUGUUUACGAUGCUUCAGAGCCGUGUGGUGGAGAGACGACGUGACUUUAACAGCCUUUUAAUGAAACGUGUAUUAAACCUUCAUCACCUGU